CUCCCGUAUUUCCCUGCCUCUACCCCCGCUUGCUGUUAGAUAGCCACGGCCACCCUCUUCGUCUCCACAGCAGAGAGAAGAUGUAUUGGCAAAGGGAGGGCUGCAGACUCCCAGUUUUGCUGGGGAAAAUUACCCUCGGUGGGAGAAUUGAGUAUCGUUGUGAUCAGUGUGAGAUAAAUCUCAUUAAUGAAAUAUAUGAAGCUCAUGCAGAGAGCGAGAACGUCGUCUUGCGUCCCCGGCUGUCAUCCACAGGUCCGCCAGUCUCACCCUCCCCGCACGGCGCGCUCCCCUCACUCUUAUUUAUUUAAUUUUUUUUUUCCCCCCUUGAUGCGCGUCCCCGCCGCGAAAGCCAGAGCGCUCCUCACUCUCUCCUCUCUUCACUUCGCUUCCUCUCCUCCUCUCGACAGCAUCCAGAACUAUAGCGCAACCGUCCCCAUCACUCUUUUUUCCUCCCCUCCUCCUAUUUCUCUCACCGCCAGAUCUCUCUCCACUGCGUCUCUCACCCCUUUACUCACCCCCCUCCCUCCCUCUCACUCUCUCUCUCUUUCCUCCCUCCUCCUCCAGCUCCCCGGCUCAGUCCCUCACUCCUCUGACGCACGACAGGGACCCGAGGAAAGAAAGAAGCCUAAAAAAUAAAAAAAAAAGAAACAAACAAAAAAAAAAGAGAGAGAGAGAAAGCAGCAGCAGAUGACCCAACCGUCGAUAUGAUCCACAGAAUCCUGCUAUUGGUGUACCGGACAGAGAUACGGUCCUGAAACCGAGAGGACAAGACUCUCACCCGGCUACACUGCUGUUGAGCGCUCGCCCAGGGGGCGGCGGGGACGGCGGCGGCGGCGGCGGAGGAGGAGAAGGAGGAGGAGGAGGAGGAGGAGGUGGAGAGGGGAGGAAGAGGAAGCGGACGGGCACAAGUCGAGGGCUUGCAUUUUAAGCAAACUGCUUAGAAGAAAAAAAAAAAGAAGAAGAGAGACGAGAAAGAAGAGGAGAGAGUCCGAAUCACCGGAGAGGGAGAGUGGGGGAGAUUGCAUUCCUAUCACGUCUUCAUUUCUCCUCUCUCCUCUCUUUUGACUCUGCUACUGAGAGAGAGAGAGAGAGAGAGAGAGAGAGAGAGAGAGAGAGAUCUAACAAGAUUCACACUAGUGGUCUUUUUUCCCCCCGAUGCUUUCCAAUUGCAGUGCGAAACUAAGCCCGGGAUCGGACGGUGAGCGGGACGCACCGGGCGACAACAGAACACACCACAGGAGGAUAUGUGAAGUUGGAAUCCCACUAAACUAAUGCUGUGAAGUGGCUCUAUCCCUGGAGCCGAGACUUCAUCCCCUUGGUGUCAGCGAGGAUGCUGUGGGUUACCUUGCUGAGCACCAUAGCCUUAGGAUGGACCACCCCGAUCCCACUACUAGAGGACUCCGAGGAGAUCGACGAGCCUUGCUUCGAACCCUGCUACUGCGAGGUCAAGGAGGGCAUCUUCCAUGUCCACUGUGACAGUAAAGGAUUUACAAAUGUCAGCCAGAUCUCCCAGAUAUGGAGUCGGCCCUUCAAGCUGAAUCUGCAGAGAAACUCCAUGAGGAAGCUUUACUUUAACAGCUUCCUCCAUCUCAACAAUGCCAUAUCCAUUAAUCUGGGUAACAACGCCUUGCAAGAUAUCCAUGCUGGAGCGUUCAAUGGCUUAGGGAUACUCAAACGGCUGUUCCUACAUGAAAACAAACUAGAAGUUUUCAGGAAUGACACUUUUCUGGGGUUGGAGAGUUUAGAGUAUCUCCAGGCGGACUACAAUGUUAUCAAACGGAUUGAAAGUGGUGCAUUCAGGCACCUUCACAAAUUGAGAGUGCUCAUUCUUAAUGACAAUCUGAUCCCUGUGCUCCCAAAUUAUCUUUUCCGGUCUGUGUCACUCACACAUCUGGACCUGAGAGGAAACAGACUAAAGACAUUGCCAUACAAGGGCACGCUGGAGUAUGUUGGGAGGAGCUUAAUGGAAAUCCAGCUGGAGGAGAACCCUUGGAACUGUGUGUGUGAGAUUGUCCAGUUAAAAACGUGGCUGGAGAGAAUCCCUUAUACGGCUCUGGUUGGUGAGAUCACAUGUGAGUACCCAUUCCACUUACAUGGCAAAGACUUACGGGAAAUCAAGCGCAGUGAGCUCUGUCCGCUGCUCUCCGAUGCAGAGAUAGAGGCCAAGCUGGGAAUUCCCCGGGUACCAUUUAGUAAUGAAAACACAUGGCCUACUAAACCUUCCUCCAUGCUCUCGUCCUUUCACAACACAGCCUCUUCUGUGGAAUACAAGGAAAGGGCUGUCAAGCCUACCAAACGACCUCGGCCUACAAAGAACCCCCCAACACCUCGUAGCAUCUACCCAGGCAUGAACCAGCCUCCCAUUGCUGGCUACCAAACAAGGCCCCCCAUCCCAAUAAUUUGUCCAGCUGGAUGUACUUGCAACCUUCACAUCAAUGACCUGGGGCUAACAGUGAACUGUAAGGAGAAAGGCUUUCACAACAUCUCUGAGCUCCUGCCUCGGCCCCUCAAUGCCAAGAAAUUAUAUCUCAGUGGAAACCUAAUACAGAAAAUCUACCGUUCUGAUUUCUGGAACUUCUCAAGUUUGGAUUUACUACAUUUAGGGAAUAAUCGGAUAUCCUAUGUCCAGGAGGGCGCCUUUAUCAACCUGCCAAACUUGAAAAGUUUAUAUCUGAAUGGGAAUGACAUUGAGCGACUCACACCUGGGAUGUUUCGAGGACUUCAGAUGUUGAGUUAUCUUUACUUUGAGUAUAAUGUCAUACGUGAAAUACAACCUAACUCCUUCUCCUUAAUGCCAAACCUCCAGCUGGUUUUCCUCAAUGACAACCUGUUGCGCUCCCUCCCUACCGAUGCCUUUGCUGGCACCAACCUUGCACGCCUCAACCUCCGCAACAACUACUUCCUUUCCCUUCCUGUGCGUGGCGUUCUAGAGCACCUGACCUCCAUUGUCCAGAUUGAUCUCCAUCAGAACCCCUGGGACUGUUCCUGUGAUAUCAUCCCCCUCAAACAGUGGCUGGAAAAGCUCUCCUCUGUUAUCGUGGUUGGAGAUGUCAUCUGCAAGACACCAGAGUUUGCUUUUGGGAAGGAUCUGCGAUCCCUUGAGGUUGAGGUCAUCUGUCCUGAGCUCAAGUAUUCUUCAGGCCCCUCACCGGCCCUGCCUGGUGGGGAUGACCUCACUACGGGGAGCUCUGACAUGGAUGAGGCAGGUGGGAGAGGGGCUGUCCCACUGUCUGUCCUAAUACUCAGCCUACUCAUCCUCUUCAUCUCUGCUGUGUUUGUGGCUGCUGGGCUUUUUGCCUUUGUCCUUCGUCGCAGGAAGAAGCUGCCCUUCAGGAAACGUUCUGAGGUUGAUCUGACGGGUAUCCAAAUGCAGUGCAGGAUUUUUGAGGACCCACCAAGGCAGAGUAGUGCCGGUAACACAGGUACACCAGAGAAACCGGCGCCCAGUAUGCACACACACACUCACACUAGUCACACACAUGCCCAUGGUCACGUUUAUGAUUACAUCCCCCACCCUGUGACUCAGAUGUGUAACAACCCCAUCUAUAAGCCAAGAGAGGGAGAGAUAGCAGAGGAAGAUAGAGCGCAGUUUUCAGACAAGAAAGACAAUGGCAGCAGUAGCAACAGUAACUACAGAACCUUGUUAGAGAAAGAGAGAGAGUGGACCCUGGCUGUCUCCAACUCUCAACUCAACACCAUCGUCACAGUCAACCACACCACGGCUGAUAUGGCAGGAUUUCAUGAGAAUGGAGGGCUCUGCCCUACAGUAAUUGACAGUCAGAGGCCCACGCCAACAGUGGGCUUUGUAGACUGUUUGUAUGGGACAGUGCCCAAACUAAAGGACAUGCAUGUGGCGCAUGCACACCCACCAGGCAUGCAGUAUCCAGAUUUGCAGCAGGAUGCACGGCUGAAGGAGACAUUGCUUUUCACGGCGGGGAAAGGCUGCUACCCUGACCCGUCCCAAAGCGAUUACCUCGAGUUAAGGGCCAAACUUCAAACCAAGCCGGAUUACCUCGAAGUCUUGGAAAAAUCUUACCGGUUUUAACAUCUCUAGCCCAUGGAGAGAAAAAAAAUAAAAAUUACAAAACACAGAAAUCAACACAUUCACUUUGCCACCCUCAAAAACAAAACCACCCAAAACCAAUAUCAAAAAAAUAAAUAAACUUGAAAAAGCAGCAUGAUAUAAAAUAAAAUAUUAUAUUACAGUUACAACAAAGUUUCCCCCCCAAAUCACUUUGGAGGAGAGGCCAUUCUCAGAUAUUUCAAUGAAGUGCCUUUUUUUCAGAGUAGCCAGCAAUGUCAACAGCCGUUAUUUUUAUAAUAUAUAAAUAUCUCUAUAUGCCCAAGAGAGAGCAAAAGAGGAAUGAGAGGGGCACCGGGGAAUAAAACAUACAAAACAUCCUAAAAUACAUCUGUCACUAAUACCCCUUUUUAUGGAGUUACCAUGAUGUGCAAGACACACGGGAGCUGGACGUCUCCCUGACUUGGGGGUUCUCU